UUGUCGUGUUCUCGCAUGAUUCCUCUUCUUUUACUUCUUCGAGAUGGUGAGACCUGAGUUCCUGAGACACAAACAAGAGCUUUUAAAACCCCUUCUGUUUACGGUUGGAUUCGAACUCCGAACUUGUGGGCGUUACAUCCGAUCUUGUCGCUAAAUAUCUUCCUUCUUUCAUGGUUUUCGCGACAAACGUUGGCCUUCUUCAAGUCACCUCCUUGAUGCGAGUAACCAUCAGAAGUUUGCAGUUGAGAAAAGCAUGAAUUCAACAUCAACACAUUUCGUGCCACCGAGAAGAGUUAAUAUAUACGAGCCUCUCCAUCAAUUUGGUAUGUGGGGAGAAACUUUCAAGAGCAAUAUUGGCAAUGGGAAUAUCAACACCCCAAGCCACAUUAUAAUACCGAAUAAUCAGAAACUAGACAACAACUUGUCAGAGGAUACUUCCCAUGGAACUCCUCUCAUCUUUGAUCAAGAAACUUCCACGUCCAGACAUCCUGAUAAGAUAAAGAGACGGCUUGCGCAGAACCGCGAAGCUGCCAAGAAAAGUCGCUUGCGCAAGAAGGCUUAUGUUCAGCAGCUAGAAACAAGCAGAUUGAAGCUAAUACAGUUAGAGCAAGAACUCGAUCGUGCUAGACAACAGGGAUUCUACGUUGGGAAUGGCAUAGAUACUAGUACUACUACUUCUCUAGGUUUCUCGGAAAACAUGAAUCCAGGUCUGUAUCAAGAACAGGGUAGUAUUCUUGACAAGAAUCAAAACUUGAACGUGAAGAUUAAAACAGGGAUUGCUGCAUUUGAGAUGGAGUAUGGACAAUGGAUUGAAGAACAGAACAAACAGAUAUGCGAACUAAGAACUGUUUUGCAAGGACAUGUCGGCGAUGUGGAGCUUCGUUUGCUUGUUGAAAUCGCCAUGAAACAUUAUUUUGAUCUUUUCCGGAUGAAAUCAGCUGCUGCAAAAGAGGAUGUUUUCUUCGUCAUGUCGGGAAUGUGGAGAACUUCUGCAGAACGUUUUUUCCUAUGGAUUGGCGGCUUUCGACCCUCGGAUCUUAUCAAGGUUCUUUUGCCACAUUUUGAUGUCAUGACGGAUCAGCAGAUUCUAGAUGUAUGUAACCUAAGACAAUCUUGCCAGCAAGCUGAAGACGCUUUAUCUCAAGGAAUGGAGAAGCUACAACACACCCUUGCAGAUUGUGUUGCAGGUGGACGACUAGGUGAAGGAAAUUACAUUCCUCAGGUGAAUUCUGCAAUGGAGAGAGCAGAAGCUUCGGUCAGCUUUGUUAAUCAGGCUGAUCAUUUGAGACAUGAGACGUUGCAACAAAUGGAUAGGAUCUUGACUACACGACAAGCGGCUCGAGGGUUGUUGGCUCUUGGUGAGUAUUUUCAACGGCUUAGAGCGUUGAGCUCGAGUUGGGCAACUAGACAUCGUGAACCAACUUAGAUUCGAGUUCUUGGAUACAAAACAACAAGAAUGAAGAUGAGUGCAUUUUGUAAAACAGAGGAUUAUUCAUAAUAAUAAAAUGGGGGUUGCUGCUGAUACUUAUUUUUUUAAAUUCUGCGGGAAUCAUAAAAUUUGAAAA